AUGAGCGGGAUGUUUGUGCUUGCCAUUGCCAUGUAUACCUUUAUUCACAUCAUCCUGGGCUACCAGCUCGGUCACCGUAUAUUUGUGGCCGCGGUAGUCUGUCUGUGGAUAUUUGGUGUGGUGAUAGUUGUUAUUCCAAUCGCUACGAUAGGCCGGUAUGUCUGGUUCCCAGCAGUCGCAUGGCAGUGUUGGAUACCAACUGAGCAACCCGUGUUGCGGUUGUGGACACAUUACUUCUGGAUUUUCGCUGCUCAAUGUCUUACGAUCCUGCUCUACGUUGUUAUCUUCGUCCAGCUCCGACGCAAAAUUGCUGAGUGUAUUUUGCUUGGAGGCCAAAACACUAGCAGUCUCCGUCACUUGAACCGUGUUGCCAGCUGCAUGAUUCUAUACCCGAUCGUAUAUAUUACUCUAUCGUUGCCUCUUGCCGUGGGUCGGAUGGAAUCUGUGAAUGGCCAUACCCCCAGCGUUACAUACUUCUGUAUCGCGGGCUCGCUUCUGGCGUCGUCUGGUCUGUGCAACACACUACUCUAUGCAUUGACCAGGAAGAACUCGGUCAUGCCUCCGGAGAGGACACCGAUGGCCGACAACAGAUACGGCCGACCAGCCAGUCGGAGGGGCGGGGAGUCCACGAAAAGUAAUGCACGGCCUCGAAUGAUAGAGCACUGGGGCAACACAUGUAGUACCGGUGUUGCUCCCCACUACGACGACCCCACACCCGAGAGCAUCCCAAAUGGUGGGUUCGAGCAAGAUCUGGAUUUUGGACUGGCAGAUACCCCGGCUCAUCCAAUGGACCACAAUGAUCCACCGAGUGAUGGAUGGUAG